CCCCACUCUGACUAAAAAAAGAAGAUAAAAAGUAGUAUAGUGGUGAUCUCGUGUGAGGAGGGCACCUGCUGGAGGGGCCGGGACAUCCCUGAAGAAACAGAGAUAACGAAAGCAACUGGAAGCUGGAAAAGUCCCCGGGGUGAAAAAAGAAGAAAAAGGAGGUAGGAAAUUUCUAGAAGCUGGUGAAAGGUGAACCAGAAACCCGUGGUGCUGGCCAUUCGCGGAAACGGGGGAGCUGAGGAGGAGAAACUGGCGGCAAAAAGUCAGUUAACCAUGUCUUUAAAUUCAUCUACACUUUUAAAUGAAGAAAACACUCAAGGAGCAAAAAGAAAUAAUGGGUGUUUGGAAAGCCUACUGCAGACUCCAUCAUCGUUUCAAGAUAAUCCACUGCAACAAUUACAGUUAGCAUCCCAGGAAGUACUGGAGAAGGCAAAAAAGAGUGGGAGAUCAAAAUGCCCCCGAUGCAAUAGUUCAAGAAUGUUUUAUUGUUAUACAUGCUUUGUUCCUGUUGAAACUGUCCCUACCACAGAAAUUCCAAUUGUGAAGUUACCUUUGAAGAUUGACAUUAUUAAACACCCAAAUGAAACUGAUGGCAAAAGCACUGCUGUGCAUGCUAAGCUCCUGGCACCUGAUGAUGUUACAAUUUAUAAAUACCCGUGCAUUCCAGAAUAUGAAGAGAAGAGACACGAAAUAGCACUUAUAUUUCCUGGCCCCAAUUCAGUUUCAGUAAAAGAUAUUGCUUUCCAUCUCCAAAAGUACACCAAGAAAGGUGUCUGUGCUAGUGAGGAUGACUGUUCCAGAGAGCCACUUCUUAAACAAGCAAAAAUAGAACCUGAAGAAGAAAAAAAUCCAAAUGAAUGCAUCUCAAGCAGCAGGCGUGAAGGCACUAGACUGAAGAAAAUAAUAUUUAUCGACAGUACCUGGAAUCAAACUAACAAGAUAAUAACUGAUGAACGUCUUCAAGGGUUACUGCAAAUUGAGUUGAAGACAAGGAAAACUUGCUUUUGGCGUCAUCAGAAGGGAAAACCAGAUACAUACCUUUCCACAAUAGAAGCAAUUUAUUAUUUCCUUGUGGACUAUCAUCAGGAGAUUUUGAAAGAGAGCUACAAAGGACAAUAUGAUAAUCUGCUUUUUUUCUUUUCAUUUAUGUAUUCAUUGAUUAAAGAUGCCAAGUGUUAUGCAGGAAAAGAGUAAACUGUCUGUUGGUGCAUGACACUACUUUUUUUUGUAAUUAUAAACUGCAUAAACAUAACUGGGAUUUAUUUUUUAGAAAUAGAUUGUACUCUAUAUAACGUCCAAAAGGGAGCUGCAGACCUCAUCCUGCACACUUGAGGUUGUAGAAGUUCUCAGAUAACCAGUCUGAUGAGAGUUACUUAUUUGAGAGCAGUUACAUUUUGCUAAAUACUGCUGUAGUUCAGCUUGCAGACCUGAUGUGCUCACUGUGAUGAGCACAUUUCCAGAGAUGGGAGGGGAGGACUUGACCCCUCUUACCAUAAGGAGUGAUCUCUUUUGACUGUAAGAAGGAAUUAGCAUGCUGGUUUUUCAUUGUUACUAAUACUUAGGUCAGCUGUUUUCUUUGUGGUUUGCACAGCAAUAGUGAUUUCACCUUCUUGGUGUAAAGGCUUACUGAAAUGAGCAGAUGGUGUUUAGUUUCCAGGGAGAGUGGCAGCAAUACAGAAUGAAAGAGGACAUUAACUGAAGAUGAAUUAUAUACUUUCAAGAUUGAUUCUGGAAAAUUCUUCUAGUAAUAAAAAAUGGUCUCUUUAAACACUGUUAUACAGUGUAUGAUUUCUGUAGUACCAUUCACAUACUGUUAUGAUUAUUCUCCACUUCUUGGAUAAUUUUAGACUUCUAAACAAAUUUAGUCAAGUGUUUAUUACUGUUAUGUAAUAUCAUUAUUUGGGGGACUGCUAACCUAACAAGUGUCACUAUGGCAUAUUGUAGGUACCAAAAAUAAAAGAUGGUGGUUCUGACCACAGCAUUUCUGACAAGGCUUCCUUAAAUUAGGCAGGCUGUGAAUCUGCUGUUUUUCCUUUCACAGUAAUGGGGCACAUUAGAACAGUAUAAGUAAGCUUUGUGCUGAUGGGAGUUUUGUCACAGGUGUAGUGCUGCUGUCAGAGUCAUCACAUGUGAAUGUAGUUUUACCAAGCUAUACCAGCACAGCCUGUGCUGGCAGAGACAGACCUGAGCUACAACAUUAGAGCAGAGUUACAUGAAUCCAUUUUAGAUCAUACAUUGAUAAAAAUUACAUUCCUAACGUUUCAUUAGAGGUACAAUAUAAGAUGUAUAAAUAUUCCUGAAUAUUCUCAGAAAUGUGUUACUUAAGACAAAAUAUAUCUUA